AUGAUCGACACGACUGAAACGACAACAAUUUAUAUACCUUCCAUACGGGAACACCGGAGGAGUACUGUUGAAGGACCUGAGCUGAUGACGAAACUUACUCUGCUCUCAUUCAGCGGAGGUAUGCUACUUACGGAAUCGGGACACCCGUACAAGCCACUACCUGUGCAUGCUAUAGUUACGCUAUAUGAGGAUUGGUGCUCCUUCAUAAGCUUUCUAUUGGCAGGAUGA